AUGACCUCAAUGCCUGCCAUAGAAAUAGAUGUGACGACAAACGAUAGUAGCUUUUCGAGUCAAGAAAGCAUACUUUCCAAGUGAGCUUUUCUUUCAGUCUCGAGAAAAAAAAUUUUUCAGCUCAUUGUCCCCUCAGGGACAUGUUCGACAUCAUUCUGACGAGAAUUUGAAUCGAUUCCGGUCACUUUCCUCAAAAAGCAAUGGAAGUUUUGGGAACGAAAGUGGGAUAAUAGGAAACGGAUAUUUAUCCGUCAGAGAAGAGGUCAAAAAACGAUCAAAUAAAGUGCUGAUGCCGAUCGCCAAUUUGCUUGCUGACAAGUUUGGAGUAAUAAGUUUAUAUCUGAAUAUUCUGAUUUAGACCAAAUUCGAGACCUUCCAAGGAAGACAUCAUGAAAUCCUACUCAACAGCUAUUGAAGAGUACAACAAGUACACGAUUGCGAGAUGGCUUGAAUACGAAUGCGUCAUGAGGGCCAUCGUUUGUUUGAUGUUGGAGCGGGAUUACAUCCAGCUUGAGGUAAACUGAAAUACGUUCUCGUUUUUCUCUUCAUGGUAAAAUUUUCAAAAGGGGAUUUGCUUAGCUUAUUUCAUGGUCUUUUGAUUUCAAAUUACCUACUAGGAAAUUUUCUUUUUAAAGAAAAUUUUUCUUAAUAGAUCUCGUUUUCGAGUUAGGACACUUCGAAAACCCGAAAUAGCACUUUUUUGGCCUAACGUGCGUAUUUUGCACACUUUGAAGCUCCAUAACUUGGAAACAAGAUCUAUUGCGAGAAUGUUUUUCUUGAUACGCAAUCAAGGGGUCCUAAAGUACACUUCAGCAAAGUUUUAGCAAAAGUUCAACCGGGAAUGUAAACGUUCCCUGGUUAGAGCAAUUUCAAAGUUUUCUUCAAGUUUUCAAAAUAUUGAAAAUCUGAAGAAAUACUUUUUUUUUAUCAUUUUUGCUUUUUGAAGGUAUUGAUUUUAAUUUUGAAGCGAAAAUUCAACCAUAAUCCUACCUUUUGAUCAUUUCAUUUCAGCAAUUCCAUCGAGAUCACACGGGUAAGUAUCUGGACGACAUGAACACCUUCAUGGAUCAUCAUAUGAAAGCCCAAAUAUGCCUUAAUUCCGCUGCGAUGUACAAAGAGGUCAUUAUUUUCGAAUUUUCUCAUAAUAAUAUUCAUUUUCAGAUGAAUUUUUUGAGAAAACAUGCUUUCUAUGCGAGGUUGAGUGUACUGUUCGAGCUACACAGCGCUGAUGGAUCCCAACGAACGCCAGCUGAUUAUCGAUACGUUUAUCCAACGUUGUAUAAGUGAGUAAUUUAUUUAAUCCGUGAACAGAACAAAAAUUCUUAAAGACGUUCUAAAUGGAAGAAAAAUGACGGGUUAAAAAAACUUGGAGAAAAAAAUCUUCAAUUUGCAGUGAUUAAAUUUUUUUCUGAGCUUCAAACUUUAAAAAAAUAAAUGUAUGAACACCCGAAUUGCCAUCAAUUCAUGAAAAAAACCUGAAAAUUGAAUGAAACCAUUUUAUACCGGCUAGUUGAACGGUUUUUAAAGCUGAGAAAAAUGGUCUUUUUGGACGAAUCACAAAAUAUACAUCCAGAAAAAUGUUUGAACUGAUGACGGAGGUUUUAAGCAGUCACAAAAAAAUCUUCCAAGAUAUUUUAAGCAAAUUAACAAAAAAAUUCAAAAAAAUCUCUUGUUUUGAGAGGGGUAUCAUUAUUUUUUUCUACUCACAAAAUUCUCAAAACUAAAAAAAUUUUUCAAAAUUUUUCAGAUCUCUUUCCGGUUACGGAAUUCGACCAACAGACCAACUUCACACCAUUUCCGAAAGCUUUCUGGGACCAGCCGAGCUUCAGAUCAAAUGUCUUCAUGAGCUGUACACGGCAGCAAAUCGCGCCGAACUUCCCGACGCCGCCAUUCGCCACAUUUGCCAUCUUUUGCAGGUUUUCAAUAAGCCACAGACAAAGUUAUCAAGUUUGGAUACAGGUUUACUACGAUUUCAUGGAGCCUCCAGCUUCGAUGCGGCUGUUUGAUGAUCUCGAUUCUUUGGUAAGACUGAAAACUUUUUUUGAGGUCAAUUUAUGAGUUACAGGUGAAAGUUCUUCCAUCAACGCACUCACUAAAUCAAGCUCUUGCUGUCGAUGAAGGAAAAAUCAUUUUACCGGCAAUGCAGCUCACCCGAUUUCCAAUGAUUAGGUAAGUGUACAACUAAACUUAGUUUAGAAUCGUCGAUUUUCUCAACCAAAUUUUCUUUUAUUUUAUUUUUGAUUUGGUCCUUUGAUAGUUGAUUGCACAGGUGCUGUAGAGCUCUUUAUCCUACUUUUUUUUGUGUAAGUUUUGUUUCAGAUUCUCAAAGUUUAUUUUUACGUUAAACUCGAUACUGACCGAUUUGGUUUUUCGAAAAACGGUCUUAUUCUGAAAACAAUUUUGUUAAUCAAUAAAUCAACCCGUUUAAAAAUAAUAACAGCACGUGGAAAGACUCAAUGCGCUAAGGAUAAUAAUAUUUUUAAAAGUUUUCAUAUUGAACUGCUAGUUUUUCGAUGCUUAAUUGCGAAGAUCGCUUUGAGUCGGGCGCCCCACAAAAUUCUUAAAAGUAACAAAUUAAACAUGUUGAAAUUUAAAUGUUCUAGCAGCCCGUCAGUUCUCCCUCUACAACCUCAUUUGGCGCCGACUCUAGCAAAGAGCAAAGAAAUGCCGUCAAUAUUCAUUUAUUCUCCAUUCGCUGCAAAAAAUGAAAAUGGUAUCAACAUUAAGCAUCCUGCUCAUAGACUCCUAUCAUUUUCAGGACUUUUGUGGGUAGUGGAUUGUCCCGGGGAAGUAGAAGUUGAGGUCAAAAACUGUAGAGACAUCGAACUCGUCGUCAGGUGAAUGUUCAACUAUUACAUCGUCCAAUUUUUUCUGUCUACAGAGAUUUAUGCUUGCUUGCUGAUGGAGUGAAAUUCGAAUCCGUUCCGGCUCGACUGAUUUUACCUCCUUCUGAAUCGCAAAACGAACCAACGUCUAGAAUCAAACUUAUUGGUGUUCCCAGGUAAUUUCAUCUCAUUUUUGCAAAUAUGAUUAUAAAAUCUUUCAGAGCUGCCGGAGAUCUUUUCAUCACUGGAUACUCGUGCCAAGUUUUUGGCCUUCACAACGUUUGUCGCUUCCAAACGUCUGCUAAUAAAGCUAAUCGCAUCAAGGUUUAAUCAUUCAACUGAAUCAAACUUUUGUUUUUUGUCCAGGUGAAAGUUGUACCUCCACUUGCUCAAGUCCGCUUGGAAUGUUCUUUGCCUCGUGCUCCAAUUGAGGAGAAAAAUUCUGAGCCCAGUUCAGAAGCUACGGUUUAUUCUGGUCAAAGGUACUAUCUUUUCUAUUUUUCUCGAACGCUAAAUUUGAAAUUUAAGAUUUGAACAUACCAUAACAAUAGUGAAUGACUCUGACGUCUAUGUCCGCUACGUUGGCCUACAAGUUCGACAGCCUACGGUACAGAUUUUUUUUUGAGAGUUUAGUUGAUUAUAAAGAUUGCUGAAGUCUGUAGCUCAAUAGAUGAAAAAAUCCAGAAAAUUCAACAUAAAACAUCAACCAAAAAUUUGGUUUACUACUGAUGUUUUUCCAAAAAAUAACUAAUCAGAAAGCAAUUGAAAAACAUUUACAAGUAGCCAGAUCUUAAAAUAAGUAAAUACCAUUUCUAGAAGCCGUAUCAAAAAAUGAAGUAAACCGAAACCUUAUUCAGUUGAUCUGAUUUAAUUAUCUUGCGGCUUGUACCAGCGCUCUUACAAAGCCUAAUAUUAUAACCAAACUACAGAGCCCUUUUUCAAUUGAAGAACUGUAUAAACAUAAAAAAUAACUACAGGUAGCCGGCGGUCCACCUCUGAUCAGCAUCGAUGAGGACAGCGGAAUCGAGAACGACGACGUCGCAGAAACAACUGGAGAUCUGUUAGGAUGCACGUUGGGUCCGAAAUCUUCCAGAGAAAUCAAGUUCCAAAUAUUUGGGAUUGAUCCAACGUCGACUGCCGAUGACUUGAGCGAAGAGGAAAAGGUAACUAAUGCGUAAUUUUUUAAAUCUUCCUUUGCAUGAGUUUUUGGCUUAGGCAAAAAAUUCCUCAACUUUGAUACUUACUUUGAUACUUUGAUGGUUCGUCUUCGCUGAUGAUCUUCCUUCAAAAAUUCCUCAACUAAAUUUAAAAUUUGAGAAAACUAUUCAAUCGGAGAAAAUCUCCUCUUAGUGAAGUCAGGAAAGAAAUAAAUUCGUAAGAUAAAUGAUAAAAUUCAAAAACUUCCUCAACUAAACUUUCACAGGGGUAAUAAAAGAAAGUCUUUUUUCAGGUUCUGGAGAGCGUCACCCCCCUCGCCAGUGCUGCAAUCGCGGCUACGACCCCAGAAACAGAAUCCUCAGCCGAUAUGGACUUGAUACCCUACACCGGGAGACUUCUGACAUGCGACUUCAUUGUCAGAUACCAAUCGGAAGUUAUCACUGAAGACGAUGAGGUUUUAGCUUAAUCUAGUGACUUAUUGAUUAUUUCGAUUCAGCAAUUCUAUGAGAGAAAGUCUUCCCUUCCAAUAGCUAUAACGAUCGUACCGGCGGUUACUGUAUCUGCUUGGCAUGUCUUACCAGGGGAUACUCCAUUUUCAAGGUCUCUUACAAAUAUUUUAUUCCUUUAUUGCUUUGGAUAUGUUUAGAUAUAUUGUUGUUGACGUCACAAACAGUACGGACCACGACGCCGAAUUGAUGUACACGGAAAAUCGAAGAAUGAACGUCCUCCCUAAAGAAACUUGCAGGUAUUUCAUCGCAAAACGGAAAUAAAAGAAAGAUUCAUAUUUCAGAGUACCUUUACUCUCGCCGUGUUGCUCUGAAGUUGCUGGUGGAGCAUUCCAACUCGCUAAAAUGAGAGGAAGCUACAUGAUGCAGAAAAUGGAGGUUAGAUCAAACUUGAAGUUUUCAGCCGCCUAUUGGACUUUUAGAUCGAAAGGCUGAGACAAAUCUUGGAGGCGCAUGUGUCGAGACAUUUGGACAUCAAAUGGGCCGUCCCCAGUCUCAAGGUCCGUUGAAAAGAGUUUUUACAGAAUGAAUUCACACUGAGAGUUACAGGUGGAAGGAUAUGUUCCAGUCGGCUGCCUCUUAUCUUCAGUAUCUUUACUGAAACAGCUUGUUUUGCCUGCGAUAAGUAUGGGUUAGUUUCAAUUUUCAAAAUUAUGAGUGUACGCGUGUCCCAUCAUGUCAUAAUAAGUUUCCCUGUAAUUUUGAAACAUCCUCUCGAAGAACAGAAGUUCCACCAAGCUGCAAAAAGAUCUGAAAAUGAAAUUCUGAUAUUCUUUAAUGAAUUGGGAACUUUCGAGUGGAACUCCCAGUGAGAAAAACUUCUUGAGAGCCUUAACCUUGACCUAAAAAAAAUUUGUAAGAAAGUUUGAUUUCAAAUACCAUUGAACGACUAUUUUUUCCUUCGCAAAUGCUGUUGUAAUACAAAUUUCUUGGAACUUCCGUCUAUUUCUACUCGUUCAGAUUUCGUUGUAAACGACACUCCAUACGUGAGCGAGCACGACGUCGCGGUGGCCCUCGGCCAAGUCGUUCAAAUCAAAGCCGUCAUUAUUUCUUCCCUCGAAGGUUACUUAACGAAACAUUUGAUAAAUAAGCUUGCUAUUUCAGACCCUUUUGACGGAUUUUUGUCUCUUGAUUGCGAGCAAGAAAUUUCCCAUCAAAUGGGCUCUGUAAAUGUCGCCCAGCACAUGUUGUUCCUCAACAAUAAAAAGAUUCCUUUCAGAGUCACGGUAAGCGUUUUGAGCAAAAAGUAUUCAUUUCGAUUUUGGGGGUGUAAUUGAGAAUAGAACUACGAUUGUUCUGAGUUUCUUAUUAUUUGAAAACUUGUUAAUCUGCAUAACAUAGCUCAAAACGUCACGGUUAUGCUCUGUCGGCCAAAAAAGCCAUUCUAAGAUGUACCGCUACGCGAGAGUAGUUUUUAGUCGGAGGCAGGGUAACCGUUAUAAAGCUGAAUUAAGAAGUGCUUCGCCUUUUCAGCAAAAAAUGUUCCUUGCGCCUACUGAAUCCGUAUCAUCUUCUUGCAGAAAUCCGAAGAGAAUCAAGAGAAUCUGGAAAAGUGCGAGGUAGAGUUCGACGUGAUCUUCCGGGUGGAAGGGAAUUUUCGCGUACGACCACUCAUCACGCCGAGCGCCGAACAGCCGCCGCUUCUCCCCGAGGAUAUGUUCGCAACGCCAAUUGCCUUUUCUGUCGCUACGAAAUUAGUAUAA